UGCCGCCUGCCCGCAUUCGCGAAGCGUAUCCACGUAGCCGUCGGGUUCGCGCGCGCCGGCGCGGCCUUUAACCCCGGCCGGCACAGCCCAAGCAUCCGAGCCGCACCAUACUCUGCCCCACCACUUGUGCCACGCCGCGGCCGCCAUUAUUCCAUCCCACUCUCACCCGAUGCCGCCGCCACGUACCCUCGCCGUCCUCCUCCUCGCUGUCGUCGCCGUCGCGGCCCAUGGCCGCCUCCUCGCCUCCGACGGUCUCCCGGGGCAGGGGAGCGCGUCCGACGCCGCCGUGCUCCGCCUCUCGUCGGCGGGGCGGCCGGCCGGGGAGGCGGAGGAGGGCGGGUGCGAGAUGACCUACGGCUUCCUGCCGUGCACGGAGACGGCCGGGGGCAACCUCUUCCUCGCGCUCGCCUACGGCUUCCUCAUGUUCAAGUCCGCCACCUACCUCUCCGCCGGCAGCGAACUGCUGCUCGAGAUCCUCGGCCCGGGGAUCGUCGGCGGCCUCUUCCUCCCCAUCCUCGGCGCGCUGCCGGACGCCUUGCUAAUCCUCGUUUCCGGUCUCUCUGGCACUAAGGAGGUUGCUCAAAGUCAGGUUUUGAUCGGAAUGGGCCUGCUGGCGGGAUCUACGAUCAUGCUUUUAACCAUACUUUGGGGAUCUUGUGUUAUUGUCGGUAAAUGUGAUCUGUCAGAGGAUUCUACUACAAUCGAUUCCCAAGAUACCAAAGCCUUCAGUCUUUUUGGCUCUGGUGUUUCCACUGAUUUGCAGACCAGCUAUGCAGCAAGAAUCAUGGCGAUAUCUGUUCUCCCCUUUAUCGUUGUUCAGAUACCGCAAAUUCUGAAGCUCCAAUCUGGUCAUCGCUUAACUCUACUGCUUGGGCUUAUAGUUGCAGUGCUACUUCUGCUUACUUAUUGCCUGUACCAGAUCUUUCAGCCAUGGAUCCAGAGGAGGAAAUUAGAAUAUUCAAGACUGAAGCAUGUAAUGUCUGGGCUUCUGAAACAUGCUCAAAUGCAUACUUUUGGUCACCUUGUUGAUGAUGAUGGCACACCAAAUGUUUCUGUCAUAGAGAAGUAUGCCACUGGUUUGCAAUUCGUUUUUACCUAUAUUUUCAUCCAAAAAAGUACGUAUCUUCUAAAUAAUACUGUAAAAAUUGGCAGGUUAUUUCACAAAAUUGAUCUGGACAAUGAUGGAAAGAUAGGGCGUGGUGAACUACAGGCUUUCAUCGUUGGUGUGAAUUUUGAAGAUAUUGAGUUGGAUACUAACCUAGCUACAGAUCAAGUCAUGGCUGACUUUGAUAGGUCUCGGAAUAGUUCCAUUGAAAAGGGAGAAUUCGUUGAUGGUGUCCUUAGAUGGCUGGAAGAAGCUAAGCGUGUUGUUGCUGGUUCUGGUGCCUACUCAAAAAAGUUUAUGGAUGAUUUUCACAUUACAACAGGGGAAGAACAUAAUGCACUGCUUGACAAGCAUGAAGAUGAUGGUGAAUCUAUUGAAAAUCCAACCUGGACAUGCUUCAAGGCCAUUUCACUUUUGCUUCUCGGAACUGCAAUGGCAGCUGCAUUUGCAGACCCACUUGUUGAUGCUGUGCACAACUUUUCAAGUGCUACCAGUAUACCAUCUUUUUUCAUUUCCUUCAUUGCGAUGCCCUUGGCUACCAAUUCCAGUGAGGCUGUCUCGGCAAUUAUCUUUGCCAGCCGAAAGAAGCAACGCACUUUGUCUCUAACAUUCUCUGAGGUGUACGGUGGAGUGACCAUGAACAACACGCUCUGCCUGGCAGUGUUCUUGGCUCUGGUCUACGUCAGGGGCUUAACCUGGGACUUCUCGUCGGAGGUGCUCGUCAUCUUCCUCGUGUGCAUCAUAAUGGGCCUCUUCACCAGCUUCCGGACCAAGUUCCCGCUGUGGACGUGCUUCGUCGCAUUCCUUCUGUACCCACUGUCGCUGGUCUUGGUUUACAUCCUCGACUACAAGUUUGGCUGGUCGUAGACCUGAACCUGAACUGAAUGGUGAUUAGUUGAUAGGUCUGAUAUACGGCAUGGCUCACUUCUCUUACUGUUUGUAAACCUCAGUCUGGUACGUGUUUCCGGUUGGAUGCAGACUAUGGCUUUGACAUAUUGCAUACUUGGGGCCGUCACUAAUAAGUGAAGAUGAACUCUGUGAUCAUGAUAUCGCGUGUGUUGCUGCAGGAAUUGGUUGCAGUAUAGUUCAUCGAGAUUUGUCAUACGAAACAUGAAUCUAUUGUAUAGUUGUUAAACAUCAGUUGACAAACUAACAUAAGUACAUAACUGAAUGAGAAGUCUUUAUCCAUGCGUGGUUGCA